AAAUACAAAACUUGAAAAAUGAAUGACCAAUAUGAGAGAAGUACAUUGAGGUGUUUUGGGUAUAUAGAGAGAAUGAGUGAGGAUAAAUAGAAAAACAAAUAUACAAAGGAAAAGUGAAUGGAUCAAGACGAAACAGCAGCAGCACUGGUUGUCUCCCCCAUUACGGGCAAAACGUUUUUAAUUUUGAACCAUUUGCACUCGUUUAAGCUAACAGGAUCCUUUUCUUUUGGUAGAACUGCAAUAUGGAAUUUAUACACAGUUCCAAGGAUUGCAGAACCUGUAUGGCUUACUAUGAUGUCCUGUGCUUCAGAAAAGAAUCUGUUAUGCCAGCACUUUCUCAAGGAAUUUGCUGCUUUGAUAGAACAGAGCAGCAAAAACCAGUUUCUUGCUGCUCUGUUAACAGCAGUGUUAACCUAUCACUUGGCCUGGGUCCCUACUGUGAUGCCAGUUGAUCAUCUCCCCAUCAGGGCUUUCUCUGAGAAGCAUGCCUCCUCAUCUGUGAACAUGCUGGCAAAAUCACAUCCCUACAAUCCACUUUGGGCACAGCUUGGUGAUUUAUAUGGUGCUGUAGGUUCACCAGUCAGAAUGACAAGGACAGUAAUUGUUGGAAAACAUAAGGAUUUUGUUCAGCGCAUACUCUAUGUCCUCACAUAUUUCUUACGGUGCUCUGAGUUGCAAGAGAAUCACCUGAUCUGGAAUGGGCAGGUUGGCAGAGGAGAGCAAGCUGUGAAUGGUAGCAAAAUUAUGACAACACUAGAAAAGGGAGAAGUUGAAGAAUCCGAUUAUGUGGUUGUCACAAUUCAAAACGAACCUGCUCUUGUACCGCCUGUCCUGCCUCAAAAGAGUGAUAGUGAUGCUGCUGCUGCUGCUGCUGCUACUGGGAAAUAUGAGGGCUGCUUUGAAUCUGCCUGCUUCAAGGGCAAGCAUGAGAGGCUGAAUGCUGGAUGCAGUUCUGAAGCAUCCCCUUGCUUCUCCAGAGUUGGUUCCCCAAAAGGAAUUGUAGGGGAAGUUAAAAAGGGGAAAGCUGUAGCCAAUUCAGAACCCAUAUGUGGAAGGCAUGAUAAAUUAGAGGAUUUAACUGCAAGAAUGAAUGAGGGCAAGCAGCACAGUGUAACGGGACAGUUGUUUCACAACUUGGCAGCUGUUCCACAUCCCAAGAAGAUUGCCCAGAUGUAUUCUCAAUUGGAAAAGGUUACCUUCCAGAUUGGAAGCUCCACCUCACCAGAAUCUGAUUCUGAAAGCCAAAGAACGGAAGUAAACAAAACUAUGGAGAAACGCAGGAGUAAAACUAAACCUCUAUGUGCCCUAUCAAGUCCGGUACAUAUAACAUCCAGGACCCCACAAGAGAAAUCUGACUUAUGUCUUAAAGCCUGUACUAGCCAGAAAGUUAGUGAAACACAAAUAUCAAGUGCACCUUGGCUGCUGUCAGUUCCACAGUCUGCCAUUCCUGAUAGAAAAAUCAGAACUGUAAACCUGGGAAAACUAGAUCAAGUUUAUAGUACAAGUUGUGAAAACUUUGAAGGAAAUUCUCUUGACUGUGAUUCAGGACGUUCCAUUGAUGUACAGAGGUCUGGCCAAGCAGUUACUAAGAGCAUCCCCUGUGGGGAUAUUGAAAGCAAACACCAUUGUAGAAUGGAAGAGGACAUUCCUAGAAACGAAAGUUCUGAUAGUGCUCUUGGAGAGAGUGAUGAUGAAGGUUGCACGUACAUUCCAGAUGAGCAGUCAGUCAUCUCUGUUAACUGUAGACCUGAAGAACUUUUAGAAGUGGAACUUGCCUUGCCAAGAUCCUGCACGGUCAGCAGUCGAAGCAUGAUACAUUUUGGAAGGUCACUUUUUGGGGGAUAUUGUACCUCUUAUAUGCCUGAUCUAGUGCUGCAUGGAAUAAGUUCUGAUGAACAACUUAAGCAACAUUUAUCAGCUGAGUUGAAUCAUGCCAUAAAUCAUCCAGUACUAGAUGAGCCUAUAGCAGAAGCUGUUUACAUUAUAGCGGAUACUGAUAAAUGGACAGUUCAGGUGGCUACUAGCCAGAGAAAGGUGACAGACAACAUAAAACUAGGCAAAGAUGUCCUUGUCUCCAGCCAAGUAUCAUCUUUAUUGCAGUCUGUUUUACAACUUUACAAGCUUAACCUUUCUGCUGACUUCUGUAUAAUGCACCUUGAGGAUCGCCUACAGGAAAUGUACCAUAAAAGCACAAUGCUAUCUAAAUAUUUGCGAGGACAAACAAGAGUUCAUGUGAAAGAGCUUGGAGUGGUAUUGGGGAUUGAAUCCAAUGACCUGCCUCUGCUGGCUGCUAUAGCAAGUACUCAUUCUCCAUAUGUAGCUCAAAUACUCCUCUAAGUUAAAUACUUUCAGACAAACUCUGUUCUCUCAAAGAUUUGGGAGUGAAGAACAGACACAAAGAGAUAAGCAAUGAAGAGAGUUUGUGACAGCAAUUCAUUGCAUCCCAUUUGGUUUCCUGCCUUUUAUGUGAAUAUUUAUCAGUGGAUUUUUAGUUUACAUGACAUAAAAGAUAUUCAGGGUUUUUAUAUUGUUAUGCAUCCUUGUUUUUUAAUGAAUGAAAGGAUUAAACACUAAUGAUGGGUAAGUUGUUUAUGUGUAGUAGCCAGUUAAACAGAACAUCAAAAAUACAAUUUCCUUAUUGUUGCAUUUGUCAUAUUCUUCUGAAUUUUUCGAAUAAGGAAUUCUAAGCAAAUUAUAUAAACAUAUAUUUUCCUGUGCUUCUAUAAACAAGAUGACCUGUAUGCUUGCCUGCACAGAAUUGCCUCUCUUCAGAAGAAGGGUUCAGAAUUCAGCUACUAGGUAAAACUUGAUUGGUGGCUGGUUCUUCAAAUGGGCAAAGGAAACCAAGAGACCUGCAGUUUUAUUCAAAGAAAAAGAGGAGGAAGAAGAAAUAAUUUUGUGUCAUUAAAUGAAAGUCAGAGAAAGUACUUGAAACUCGCAUAAAGUCUGCUUCAAAUUUACCUUACUGCAUAUGCCACGUCUUGAAGGCCUCAUCUUGAAUUCUAAUUUCCAGGUCAUGUGAAAAUGAAGAUGAAAUAUGGAAAUUUUUCCUGUGCUACCAGCUCCAAAAACUUAGCGUUGACAGUUAAGAACCAAUAUGGUUAUCAACUUUCAUAAACUCUGGGUAGCUUAUUCUGAAUGGUAAUUGUAUCAUUGCCCUGAUAACUUUUUAGUAAACAUGAUUGAUUUUUAGCGUAAAUGAUUGAAAUGUUCAGAAGAAAUUCCAGGGUGGUUAUGUGGGAAGAGUGAGGUAACCAUAAUAACAAUCAAUUAAUUAAGAUAAUUACAGACAUGUGAAAAAUCCCACAGAAUAUUUUACACUAGCUUUCUGGUGCCUUCCAUUGUCCUGAAUCUAAAGAAGAUCAUAGGACCAGGCAUAAAUGACAUCUAUCCCUAUUUGUCUGAAGUAAUAUAUGCAUCUCUAUCCUUGUACAUCUUGGGUUUCAAAUCUAGGAUUUUACUUUGCAGUGGGGAUAGGAACCCUGUAGCCUUUCAAAUGCUGAACUGUAUUCCCCAGCUACCUUACCAGCAUUGCCUCUAGCGAAGGAUGCUGAAAGUUGUAAUUUAGCCAUAUGGGAACCACUGGCUCUCUAUCCCUGAUCUAAAGAUUCAGUUUAGAAGUUGUUAACUUUAUCAAGCACUUUGUAUUAUUAUUACAAGUUAGAAGGGGGUCUUUUAAGAAGGCUCCCAAAUGGUUCAGUGAUGAGAUUAUUUUAUCGUUCUAAUAACAUUUCUGUAUUGGAUAGAACAAUGCUACAUGGAGGUAAAAAGUGUUGGCAAUGACAUAAGUAGUGCUGGUAAUUGUUGAUGCAAAGUUUAUCCAUGUAAUGGCUUAAUAUUCUGCCAUUUCCUUGUUUUUCCUUUUUAUUUGUUGUUUAGUUCUUGCCAAAACUUUCAUUGCAACAUUUAAUCCUCUGAGAUUCUGACAUUCCUGUUUUAUAGCAUCUAGAAAUGUAUCCAUAGCAAAAUUCUUCCGUACCUGCUGCAAACCAGCCUUUUUAAUAAAAGAAACAUAAUUAUUUCUUUUUAAACUGAGGAUCCAUUGUGAAAAAAAAUGCUGGGGCUAGCAAGCAGUUCUUAAAUUUCCUUACACACCUUUUCAGGGUGUACAUACCAUUUGUAUUAAUGCUACAUUAUCCCAGAUAUUAGAUAAUGUUAUCUAAUAAGAUAUUAGAAAAUAGAUAUACUCUUCCUUUUUAAAAAAAACUAUUGAUAGCUUUCAUCAUGUUUACAUUGAAAAAUGGCCCUAGAUUAGGACUGCCUUUUUUAUCUUCUAGGGAAAAUAAACUGUUUUCACUUUUCCACCUAAAAUAGUACUACCUCGGUUAAUUGAAUAAGUUGCUACUCGGGUCAAUUUCAAAUUUCUGCAUUUGUUGAACUUUCUGAAGGAUUGUGCCAGAGCAUUUGCUGGGCAAAAGCUAUACCCAUGAUUAUUCAUGGAUGUUUUUUUAUUAGCAUGCUUUAGUUAAUUUUUUUAUAGUUAAAGUGAUAAAUGUGCAUGAGAAAAACUGAAACUGACAAUAAUAGGAAAUGGUGUCUUCAGUUUAAAAUAUUCUGAAAGGUUUUUAAAUGGUGUAUUAUAACAGUAUUUUAUAUCUAGAAUAAAAAUAAGCAAACUUGGUAGAGUAAGGGUAGGAUUCUGAAAUUGGAGCAAAUAUCUUUAGAUGUCCAUGGGUCAUAUUUUCCAACACAAAGCAUGAGUGAUUUUUUUAAGAAUGGGGGAAUGAAAUGUGGAUAAGUAAUUUGUAAUAUACAUGAUUGCAUUCAAAAUUUUAAAUGUUGAUGUCUGAUAUUUGAAAACUCGCCACAUUCUGGGUAUCUCAUCUGAAAUAAGCUGUUCUGGAACUCCUUAUUUCUUUUAAUUUUCCAAAUUGUUUUCAUCUUCCACCAAACUGAUAAUUGCUGAAGAGGAGUGGACUUUCGAAAUGCCAGAAUAACAGCUGUGCUUUUCAAAGAGCAGCAAUUCUUUCACAAACUGUGUCAAUGAAGUUGGUUACUUGGAUUUAGUGAAGUAACAUGUUACUUAUUAGGGAAAGAAGUAUGGUUCUGUAGGAUGUCUCCAGAGAGAACAUGCAAGUACUCCAUGUGAGUAUGGGUACUAGUGUCAAAUUCUGGAAGCUUCUUACUUUGAUUGUAAAUAGGCAGUAUCACUUGUGUCAAUUUUUUUGUGGCAUUGGUGCAAUAAAUUUUGUUUGUGAAUUCGUAAAACUAACAUUAAAAUAUUGUUUUUCUACUCUGUUCCACUGUCAGACUGAUAGGAUUAUUUUGUGCCUGUUUCAAACAAGGGGGAAAUCCUGCAUUUUCUGUAGUUUUAUAGUUUAUGGCAGCCAAGCUUGGAGCUACACUGUUAACAAAUUAAGAAAUGUCACCUUAAGCAAGACUAUACAUAUUCUAUAUGUUUGUAAGUCUUCACGGCUUGGUUUCAGUUUACAUCACCUCAGUAGUCAGAAGCCAGAAUGCAAAGUGCAAACAGUAAACUGAACAGAGAAGUGUAGAAGGUCAAAAGUGCAGACAGUAAACUAUGAAAAGACUGAGCUGAGUAACAGUAUCAUCUGCUACGAUCUUCUCUAAAUUGAAAAUGUAUUUUUAAUUUAUUUCUCCCAUCAGUAGAUCUUCACCUGGUCUGUCAAAAAAUUGUGUGGCCAAAAAAAAAAAAAAAGCCCUCUUAGCUGGCUGUCUCACUGGC